AUGGAACUGGAGCAAAACACGCCUGUCUCCUCUCCGGAAAAUGUCAUUACGGCCGUGAAACCAACAAGCGAAAUUAACGAACAGUUCAACCAGGAGUGCUUAGAAGAGCACAACAGACUACGCGCACUGCAUGGGUGUCCACCGCUUGAAUUGGACCGUAAUUUGGCCGCCAAAGCCCAAGAGCACACGGAGGUGAUGGCGCUUAAGAAUCAAAUGCAUCAUCGUUUAUCGCCGAAUCAUGGGGAGAACUUAUCUAUGCGUGAAGGAAACAUACCAACAGUGAUAACGGGUAAACAAGCCACGCUGCGAUGGUAUUCGGAAGUUCAACGUUUUCAUUAUGGUGAGGAGAGACAAAGCAUGUCUGGCAACUUUUCGCAAAUCAUCUGGAAAUCAUCCACCCACGCCGGUUUUGGUCUGACCACCAAGAAUGGAGGUUGCAACAUUUUUAUAGCCGCUUACUACCGACCGAGUGGGAAUGUAUCUGGUCAUUUCACGGAAAAUGUCCCCAGACCUUUGAAUGGGGUGGAUUAUCUACCGUCGAACAAAGAAAUGGGCUGGUAG